UCAGCGUUUGGACAUAAAGAGGAUGACUAGCCGCAGAAAACCCUUAUGAUGGAUGCCGGCAUACUUGAAAGCAGGCGCGGCUGAAUCAAUACAAGCCAGGCUUGGUUUCAACUUGGUCUGCUAUGCACUUCACGACUUUACGACCGACCAUGAACAAGCUCAGAAAGCCCAAGCCCCCCGCUACGAUAUCUAGCCAAUCUACCAAAACAGCUGGUUCUAACGGUUCUAACCCCUGUUUUGUUUCUGUCCCAAGCAACCCUCCAGUGUCGAGAACGAUGCAAAUCGCGAGCGCCUCACUUGCUGUGGAAAGAACCUCCGCACACAACGGUACGCUGGAAUAUGCUAAGACGACAUGGUUAUCUGCGCCUGCUGCUGCUAAGCCUCGCACACAUGUCGAGCAGUACUGGGCUGCACGUGCACUGGUUGCUGAAACGGUGCUGACAACACGUGUUCAACAUCAGAAGGAGAUGGCAGAAGUGAGGUUGGGGGAGGAGGAGAAGCGUACGAACCAGAUUGCGGCUCUCGUGCGGGCGAACGAACAGCGUCAGAGCAGGCUCGAGAAGUUUGUCGUUGUCCUUGUAGCAUGUUUUAUGCUUCUCUUCCUUGUGCUAUUAUAUAUGCUGGUGCUGCACGAUUCUCCGAAAUCGAAGGGUGCCUCGCACUUCACGAUCCCGAUCCUGUCCCCGUUUACCUCAGUGGUCGAACACGAAAUAGGAGCUAUCAGUGCGAGAUCCGUGUCAGUCUUUAUCGUCGUACUGGGUGUCCUAUCAUAUGCCAUCUUCCGACAUUGGUUUUCAAAACAUAGAAAAGUGGGGUGGUAAUUCAUGGUAGUCAUGAGGACGGUGGCUUCUCCAGUGGGAUUGUGGCUGGUGGGUGCCAAGACCACGUGGUUGCGAUACUCGUCCGAAUUGGGUCCGGACUCCGCAGCGAGACGCGUUUCUUGUGCUCGCCAGUUGGUGUGUAGCAUCUCUUGCCUUGGGAUUUUAAGCCAGUUGUUGUUAUUUUUAUGUAUUAUAUUUUACCAUAGUAGCAACAGUUAUAUUAGACUGGAGGUUGACACUGGA